AUGUUACGUAGAAUCAUUCCGAGUUCUGCUUUCGCCUAUGGCACCCGCGGGAGUCAGUUCCGUUUAUUAUUUUCGUCAAGCGUAAAAUUUCAGGAGCUUUCUGCACGACAGGAACGGGAAAGACAGGAACUACUCGAAAAGAUUUACUUACCUCUUUACGGAACUAGGAAAAUGCCAGGAUGGAUAGAACUGCUCGAAUCUGGAAAACUUUGGGAGGAUUACUUUCAUCCGUUUCGAUGGACGUCACGAGAUUAUGAAGGGAAUACAUUGACAGUACAUGAUACACAAGCAAUUUGGGAGAAGUUGAAAAAGAACAAUUUGGAUAUUUUGUUGGAAAAUCGAAAGCUUCCGCUUCCAGGACCAAGAUCUCUUUCUGAUAAACCGGAAAAUGAAGUCAUAGAAAUUCGAAAUCACCUACUCUCAAAUUAUUUGGUUAAUACGCCAAAGGAGAAGUUUGAAUGGGAAGAUGAGAUUUGCUAUGCAGGAGAGUUUCGGAAGAUAGGAGUAAUGGCAAGUCACGUACAUUUGACUGUUUAUCCAUAUCCACAAGAAGUGCCUGCAUUAAUGAAAAGGUUUAUAGAAUUUUGCGAUGAGUCCAUCAAAAAUGAUAGUCUUCAUCCUCUUAUUCUUGCGUCUCGUGUAUUCUCAUCCUUAAAUCAUGUUCAUCCAUUUGUCGAUGGUAAUGGACGUGUUGCUCGUUCAGUUAUGGCAUUGUAUCUGAUCCGCAAUGGUUACCCACCUAUUGUUUUCCAGCAAAUGACAUCAGGUUCAAUGGCAGCUUGCUUGUAUACGGCACAAGCUGGUAAUGAUUUAACCUUUUUAUACAACGUGGUGUUGCAAAAUGUGAUUAGUAUUUUAAUGAGAUAUAGAUAUCAACAAUAA